UUACGAUUAUGUGAUAUUGUUCAAUUUACUGUUGCAGGUGAUGAUGGUUUACAUUUGUAUGUUACAGCGCAUUGUGUACCUUCUAUAUGCAAUGCCAUAAGCGACCAAUUAACAUGUAAUGCUUUAGUAAAGUACCCUCAUCUACGGGGUUUGAAAUUAGCUAAUCCAUCUGGGCCUUCUGAUUUUGCAGUAGAUAUAUUAAUCGGGGCAGAUUUCUAUUGGAAUUUCUUUUGUGGCGAAACGAGACGGGGGGAGUUCCCUGGCCCGGUUGCAAUGUUGACGAAACUUGGGUGGGUGCUGUCUGGCCCUGUAAUUAAUAAUUCGAGUAGUGACCAAUGUACUAUUAAUUUAAGUCAUACGCAUGUAUUGCACGUUAGUUCUGUAUCUGAUGACAAUUGUGAUGUAUCUUCAAUUAAGUCUGAGUUGAAUAAGUUUUGGGAGCUUGAAUCUUUGGGUAUUCGUAAUGACGAAUCUAGUGUUUUGUCAGAUUUUAAUGAUAAUAUCACAUUUGAGGGUAAAAGGUAUGAAGUGAAGUUACCAUUUAAAGAAAAUCAUCUUAAAAUAUCUGAUAAUUAUUCUACGUGUGUUAAACGCUUAUCAUCUCUUUUGUAUCGACUUAAUAGUAAGCCGGAUGUUCUUAAAGAAUAUGAUAGAAUAAUUAAUGAACAAUUAUCUGAAGGUAAAUCUUAUGGAGUUCCGUUAGCGCCUCCUUUACCAGAAUUUCGACUUUCUGACGAUUUCGCUUUUACAAAUAUUGGAGUGGACUAUGCUGGACCAUUAUACGUUAAAGACAUUUAUUCUAAGAGUGGAGAGAUGAACAAGGUGUUCAUAGUGUUGUAUACUUGUGCGAGUAGUCGCGCGGUUCAUUUAGAUUUAGCAACGGACGCUAGUUCUUCCUCUUUUAUUAGGAGUUUUCGACGUUUUAUUGGAAGGCGUGGAGUACCAACUUUAGUGAAUUCAGACAAUGGAUUGGUUUUCAAGAGUGCUGAACUUCGAGCCUUUACAAAUAGUAGGAACAUUAAAUGGUGUUAUAAUAUUGAACGAUCCCCAUGGUGGGGCGGAUUUUUUGAGCGUAUGGUGCGUUCAACUAAACGAUGCCUGAAAAAAGCUUUAGGUAAUGCUCAUUUGUCGUAUGAGGAGCUACUGACUUUAUUAGUGGACAUUGAAGGCGUUUUAAACUCGCGUCCUCUUACAUAUCUUAGCGAUGAUUGUAUAGAACCCCUAACCCCUUCGCAUUUAGUAUUGGGGAGAAGGAUAUUGUCUGAACCGCUGUUUACUCCAAAUCCUAAAGUAGUUGGUAAUACCUCUUCAGAAUUCUGCAAGCGCAAGAAAUACUUGCAGACUGUUAUAAAUCAUUAUUGGUCAAGAUGGCGGAAUGACUAUGUUACUCAAUUACGCGAGCAUCAUCGUUCCAGAGUUAAAACAGGUCCUAUCAUACGUGAGGGUGAUAUUGUGCUAGUAUUUGAUGAUAAAGUAUCGCGCUUAAAUUGGGAAAUGGGUAGAGUUGAUAGAAUUUUACCAGGUCGUGAUAAUAACGUGCGAUCCGCUGUUGUAAGAGUUCAGAACAAACAGGGCAAAAUAAUAUUUAUGAAUCGACCUAUACAGAAAUUGUAUCCAAUAGAGUUGGUUAGAGAUUAGUAGAGAAUGUAUCUUAUUAUUGAUAAGUAUUGGAGUACACAGUUAGAAAUCAGUGUUAUAUAUGUAUUUACGAGUUUAGAAUCUUAGUACAUGUAACGAGUUUAGAAUCUUAAUAUUUUGAGUAUAGAAUCUUAAUAAUUUGAGUAUAGAAUCUUAUAGAGUAAUGCAUCUUAAAGAAUAGUAUCCAAGAUAUAGAGUUUUGUUAUUAAGAGUUCAAAUCUCAAGAAUUAUGUUAAAUUUUAGUGUAUUUUAUUGACCUCGCGUCAAUAAGGGGGGAGUGUGUUCUGAAAUGAUUAAUGAUUGAAGGGAGACAACUCUUGUUUUCUUUUGACUCUCUUUUUUUGGAGUUAAAAAAUGUUGUAAGAAGUUGAGUUGGCAGCCAUAUUUUGAAACCAUGUGUUUUUCUUUGUAAAAUCUUGUAUAGUCAAGAUGUGAGUACUGAGUAUAGAAAGGCAACAGCCUUUAAUAAACAUGUUUCCUAUA